UCCACCAGAGGCCAUUUCCGACUGUUUUGCGAAAUAAAAUAACUUUUUUGUUGGCGUAAACCAGCAUUUUUGUGAUUUGUUCGGUGUCACAGGAACAGGAAAACGUGCGAACUACGCAAAAUCAAUAGAGACAACAGUGAGGGCUAUUAUAUAUGAAUAUUCGUGUGUGGUUUUUUGGGUUUCUGCCUUUGACUCGCUUUUUUCCGUAUUUAAUCACUACGUUGGCACUACAAUGUCGAUAACAUUUCAUAGGCUGCUGUGAAAGUAACAACCCGAGUGCAAAGUAAAAAAAAUGUGCUUUUGAAGAAAUAGAAAAUGUUUUUACAUGAUUGAUAGAUGUAAUGCGAAGUACAUUUUACAAAAGUAAGCUUGAGGAUUACCAAACAGUUUUUCAAUGGCUUAUGCAUUCAACAAAUGAAUUCGGCGUAGUAGCACGGUUUAGUUGCACAAUCUUUCAUAAAGUUAGUUUUUCGAGUAAAAGUGACCAUGGAAACGUCAGCAGGUUCAGCUGGAAUGAGUGCUUUAUUUAGUAUAAAAAAGGAGCAGGUAACCGGCGACGAGUCGGAACAAACCGAACAUCUCUCACCUGACGCACGUAUUGUUCGGAAGGUUACAGCUCUGGAUCCGCUGAAGUUGAAACUGUUGAGCCAGGAAACCAAGAAUCGACUGUUAUCCGGGUUGCUUGCAGAAAAAGCAAAAGUGAAGCCUCCUGCUCCCACCACAUCAUCAUCAAUUUCGAACUCGACCAGUUCGACUAUCGCACCGGCAUCGUCCGCAAUCUCUACCGAUGAAACCGCAAUAGUAACGUCUCUUAAAGUUACCACCCCCGAAACCGUUCCGAAAAACCAAGGCAAACCAAUAUCUGCUACACCGAGUUUAUUUCGACGAAAAAAAGUAAUACCUAUCGCGAUCGCAAAGAAAAUCGCUCAAGAAGAAAAAUCGCGAAGUUUAUCUGUAGAACCGACAUUUGUAAAUAGUCAGUCAUAUGAAGGGGCUGAACAAACGGGAAAAGAGAAGACACCCCGUAGGUCAGAACCCAGUGAAACACCAGAAGGUAUGGAGGAUAAUCGACCAGCACAACAUGAAGAAAAGGCCGUUACUGUUGAACCGGAGCAACGACCAACAGCAUUUCGUAGGAUCAAGCCAAAGGUUUCUAUAAACAUUACACAAAGUCGACCGAAAAAGUCGAUUCUGAAGAAAACAGGCUCAAGUGAAACGAAACAAACGGCUGUUACGUUGAAUGAAAAGCCAGAAGAAGAAAAUCGACGUAUUGAAGAAGGACGAGACGCAGAAUCCACAAACGUAGAAGUUCGGACUAGUAUGGAAACUGCAGUUAACAAGGAUCAUCAUUUCACGCCAGAAAAUAAUAACGUUUCAACGAGUAACGUACCUGGUAAAAGCUGUGAAAAUGCAGUUGGGAGAGGAAACGUAGUGCAUAAAGAAGAAGCUAUCAUCAUUUCAACAAGCUCCAGGCUUCAAUCACCGCUACAACGAAUGGAGAACAAUCCUAGCUGGAUGCACAAUCCAGUGGGAAAUGUGAUUACAUCCGGAAAGGCUCAGGAGGGAGAAAAGGAUAUUGUCGAAAACUUCAAGUCUACAUCGGAUAAACCUGUUUCAGCUGCGAAGGAAUCAGUUACUGUUAUUAUUCCUGAACCAGAAGCUGCGAAGGAAUCAGUUACUGUUGUUAUUCCUGAACCAGCAAACAGUUUGGCAAUGAAGCCUCAAGGGCAGGCUGUAUAUAAUCCUGCGCGAGAAAUACGUAGGAUAUCGCGACUUCCACCAAAUUUAGCGAUGAAAUUGGUAAAAUGUGUUACUGCCAAUUCGUCCAAACAAAGAAGGACGACAAUAGAAAAAGAAUCAUUAGUUGACGGAACCAAAACGGAGGACCUACCAGUGCAAAUCUCGUCUUCUCUAGUUGAAAAUGCUCUUAAACUAAACGAUACUGUAGACCAGAUAGAAAAGAUAGUAGAUAGUAGUGGGCAUGUUACUGUGGAACCAGUAUUCAUGACAGCUGAAACUAAUAAUGACCAAUCUGUGAUAUCGGAACCUGCAAAUGAAAUUUGUAGUAUACCACAGCCACCGAACAACAUCGCUUCGAAUUUGGAAAACUGUGUGACAACUGCUCAAAAAAUUACAUCUUUAGAAUCGCCUAUGCGCAUGGAAACAGCUAUUGCCUCAGAACCUGCAGUAAAGGAUGUUACAAAAAGAGUUACAGAAGGAUCUGUCGAAAAACCCGUCAAAGAAAUUCGACGAAUAUCUCAACUUCCACUUGGUGUUGCUUUAAAACUAAUGAAUUCCUUAAAACAGCGAAACGUGACGUCGAAUACGGAAAGCUCAGCAAAUGAAUUAUGCAAGCCAAAGGUUGAUUCAAAAUUUGUAAACGAAGAUUUCAAGACAGGUUUUGCUGAUGUCUGCAAGACAGAUGAUUUAGCAACGGUUGUGGCUGGAAAUACAGUAGCCACGUCUGUUUCUACUGCGACGUCGAUUACGACAACCCAGAAUCAAUCUUCAGUUUCGGACGUACCAACCAAUCCAAAUCGAAAGGUGGAAAUCCUGUCACAAGUCAUACUUCCUUCGGCCUCGUACAAUCUAAAGGAAUUGCUGGCCGGAAAAUCAGCAGAGAAAGUGCCACCAGGUCAAAUGUCUUUCAAGCUUCCGAUACCGGUACGCAAUAGAAACAGCACCUUUACAUUGCCAAUGCCAAUUAUCGAUACCUGCAAGCUUGAAAAGACGGAAAAUGAUUGUAAAAACUUUGAGGACACUACGGAAGAGAAAUUAACAACGGUGACAACGGAAGAACUUCGAAAACCAGUCAAGAUUGAAAAGAGUAAGACUGAUGAUUACAUACCUGAGAUUUCUAAGGAAGCAGUUUUGUAUUCUGAUCAAAAGAAAACGGAGCCAAGUUUCAUACUGGUAAAUAGAGAUGUACAAAAAUCUAGGGCUCAGUCAUCGAUAGAAUCUGUAGCGCCUGCUCUAACAACUGUACCUGAACCCCCUACGAUUUCUCAAGUCUCAACAAUGCAGUCGCCCAUCGUUUCUCUUAAUGUAACGCAUCCUCAGUCAUUACAGUAUCAACACCGCUUACAAGUGCCAGAAACGUCACAACAUCGUCAGCAAUUGCAAAACAUUCAAUCAUCAACUCAGGCUCACUUCGUUCCUCUAGCGUAUCAUCAAACACCUGGUUACAUGAAUCGCAAUCCACAAGCAAUGUUGACGCAAAACAUAGUACUGAACCCGGCUAGUUCACAAAAAUUAGUUGGACAAAGGCAAACUUUUGCUCCCACACAGUUAGUUCUGAUUCAGCCUUCCAAUCCGCCAGGAACCAAACCGUCGUCGCACCAGUUAGUUGUGCCCCAACCAACCAUAAUUUAUCGACAACAGUCGACAAUUAAAAAAAAUAGCCAAAUUAUAGUUCCUGCUCCACGAUUGAUCCUCACACCAGGAACUAGUCAACAGCCACACGCGCAUCCACAGCAACAGCAGCACCAGUUUUUACAGCAACCUCCACAAUCGCCAAUACGUUGCAUUAUACCGGCAAUCGUUUCCCAAAAGCAUGCCUUCCAACCCGUCCACCGCACUAGUACUCUCCCCCAACAUCAACAGCAUAUGGAGCAAACAACACGAGUUAUUCCUAAAAUAGUAAUUGACAGUAGUUUCGUGGAAAAUGAUCGGCCGCAUCCUACAGUUUCAAAUUCUUCGUCACAAGUGUCCUUAGAAGGACCAACGUUGCAACAUUUUUCGCCUUGUUCACAAGCUAUAAAAACUAAGCUCCGUGAAAAGCUUCGGGCAAAAAUUCUUCAAAAAGAAUCGACGCCGACGCCAUCUGCUCCGAUUGUUGAUACUCCCCAACGAAAAAGUUCAUCGCAAUCAGCACCAUCCUCAAAUCUGGAGCCGACACGAAAUUUAGCUUGUCGUCAGCGCAUUAUCUAUCAUCCACAUGAUUUCGCACAGUCAACCGCUACGAAACCUAAUCGUCCACAAAUCGCUAAACCGUCCGGAAUGGAUGCACAAUCCUCCUGUCCGAUGAAACAAUUCUCGUACGGUCAAGGCAAGAAAAUUUACCUCACAAAGAUAAGCGUGACUAAGCCCGCUCAGUCACACCCAUCGACUGCAAAGCCGACUCUUAAUCAAACCAGUAGCAGCUUGAUAAAUCUUCCAGUGCAGUUAAGAAGUCCGUCUAAAAUGCAUCAAUUUUACGAGGAUAUAUUUUAUGGUUUCCCACAAUCUACAAUCAACAGCGAAAUGCGAGAGUACGAACGAUUCCGUCAAAAAAUGGAACAUUUUGAACGAAAACUGAGCCCUGAACCAGAGCCUGGAGCAACCUGCAGCGGGAACAAUCAAGCGCAAUCAGAUGAAAGAAUCACAGCAAACGAACCGACUGGAGAAACAUUUAUUAUCACGGAAUUAGAAGAUACGGCUGCGACGAGCAUUUGUCGAGAAAUGAGGCAGACAGUGGUGAAGCAUGAAAGCGGUAUGCCUCCAAAAAUUACUUACAGGCGACAGACUUUUGUGCUAGAUGAUUCUGACUGUGAUAUUGCACCGGAACAGUUACCCCGAAUUGCCGAUAGCCACAGUCCCCCAACGGAAAAGGAAAUUAAUGCUGAAAAGGUGAAAAUUGAAAUUAAAACUGAAGAACCACACGAGGCUAGUAGCUCGCGGCAAUCUCUCACUUCGGACGUGGACCUGAAAGGCGAAAACUUGUCGGAAACAGAACCGGAUGAGGAUUUGGCAAGGCAAAUUCUUGCUAUUGUACAGAAGGAGCGUGAAGAUUUAGGUAUAGAUUCACCUGAAGCGACAACCAGAUCGAAGAAGUUUAAGAAAAGAAAAAAGAAGAAACAUAAACGACGACGACGACGCAAUAGGGAUGCGAACGAAAAGCUAGUUGAUCUGUUAAUGAAGCAUGUGGAUCAUAAAUCAUUGAUUGCGGAUAUUGUGGCGGCACAACAGAAGCAAAUAUCGGUCUUCGAGCUGUCGUCAACGGAUGAUGAAUCGCCUACAUGGGCAGAACGAGUGUGCUCAGUUAAAGAGGAGAAACGUGACUCCGAACCCCGAAUGGAACUAUCAGAUUUAGAUUGCAGUAGCGAAUCCAUGAUAUCUGAUUUCGAAAACGAUGAAUCGGACACAAACAUAUUUGGUGAGAUUUUGAAACCGUUUACUCAGAAAAAUUCCGAUAAUGAAAGCAUAUUGCGAACUAACUCUCCAAAGAGUCAAAACGAAACAUCGCAUAUGGUCGAAAAAAGUGUAGAAUAUAUUUCGGAAAAUUCAAAAGACUACGAUUUAUCUGCGGGUAGCAGUUCUACGAAGCAACAAAGCUGUGAUAACAGUGCCUUACCAAUAACUGAACCACAAACUGUAACGGAACAACCGUUAGCAGCCCCAAGAGCACUUAAACGAAAGAGGCAACCUAUUCUUGUUACUCGAACCAAGAUUAGGAAAUUAAUUCCACACGGUGCUGCAGAUGCAAUUAAAGUAGCGAAUAAUGUUAGUGCAGUUGAUGUUAAUAUAGAUGAAUCAUUACCGGAUAAUGAUGAGUCCGUUAUCACCGAAAGAAUGAAUGUACAGCAACCCGAUGCACACGUUUCCAGUGAACUAUCUCUCGUGUCUCCUGUUGAUGAAAGAUAUGACUCGUCUAAAGAACAACCGAAAAAUAUUGACAAAGUUUCUCCGUUUAUCAGCGAAAUUGUCAAUGAAUGGGAUAGCUCGGAAGAUAUGAUGGAUGAAGCACAUCAAACGAAAACUGAGACACCUGAAAAAAGUCUCAGGGACAAAGAUGGAGAUAUUCCAUUCCGAAUUUCUAAAGAAAGCAUUCAGCAACAAAGAAAUCUAGAAAAAGAGGCUCCUACAUUUUCAUCAGAGUCGUCCAUUGCAACCCAGUCUUCUGCGGAACUGUCCAAAGAAUCUAUUCCGUAUACAUCUGAACCCUCUUCAUCCAGAGUGGCAACAACACAUAAAUCCAUACUUAAACAUAGAGUAUCAGUGCGAGCUACAGAUUUUGAAAAUUAUAACAAAAAGGAAACGGCUGUGCAAAAUCCUCCAGAAACGUUACAAACAGCUCUAUCUGUAUCAGACGUAUCUCUCAAUGCUGGGCAACAUUUGGAUUCUCCACCUCGGGAAACAACAAAUGCCAAAGAAGCUGACGAUAGUGUUGAAAGUCUCUUGAAAGACUGGGAUACCCCUUUGAAGAAAUCGCAAGAUGAACCGAUGCAGCUGUUGUCGGAGAGAACCGAUCCAGAAAAGAACGAGAAACCUACGGAAAGUGUAAAAUCUAAUCAGGAAAAAAUUGAAAUUUCCGUAGGAAUUCAACCUACCAAUCAGGGUAAACAGUCGAGUAAAAAACGCCUUGACGCGUUUUUUGAGAGUACAGCUUGUGUAAAUGAAUCUGAGAAUCAACCAUCCACCAACCGCGUUCUUCGUAAUCGUCGAAAAGUUACAAGUGAAGCCGUUAAAAAUUUCAAAAAGCUUUCUAGCACGUCUAACGAUUGUAAACAAACUCCAAGUAAGGAUUGCUCGGAAAAUAAAGACUCCCAGAUACCAAAACUUCAUAAAAAAUCUGUAUCUAUCAAUCUGAAUCAAGAAGAUACGUGUCUGUCGCAAUCACAAACACCUGCUGGCAGGGUUUUGCGAAGUCGAUCUAAAUCUGUUUUCGCGGACAAAAAAGCUUGUGCGGACGAUUUAAGCGUUACACAGAAGUCAGAAAUGCGGGAGAAUACUAAAACCAAUUCACCUGAUGGACUUCAGCAGCAACAAGAAACUAAGCGUUUACAGUGCGAAGGUCACAAAAAAGUGGAGGAAGCAGGGGGGGAUGUCGAAACAACAGAACACAAAGAAGAACAAAGCCAACAAUCAAUAAAACCUACCCCAUUUAUAUCCAACCGUAUUCCAAUUCCGAUCUCCUCCGAAGACGAAGACGAUGCUCCGCUAGCCAAGCGACGCAAGGUACUUCGAAAAAAGCGAUCCACCUUACGAACGAAUGCCGCUCGAAGAGAUCUAGAAGCCAAUCGACGACUCUUUCAAAGUGUUCUCAAUAAAACUUCCUCCACUGCAGAUGAACCUGAGUCUACUUCUACAUCGACGUAUUUCAUCAAAACUGAACCGGAGGAUCUACAAGAGUAUCCUGAACAAUCCACGUUAUAUGAAUCAUUCGGACCGACAUUGCAAGAUCUUCAGCAACACGAAUCUACACCGAUAGAAGAGCCUUCAAUUGUGGGGGCGGGCAAUUUUCAAAUCACAGACAAUGCUAAUUUGAGCACCUCGUUUGAUCAUCAUCUCGGAACGCAAGCAGUACCUUCUUCAGAUCACAUAUUCGCCACGCCACAACCAGUGAAAAAACGCAGACGUCGUACAAAAGACGAAAUCGAAGCUGAAAGGCAGGUGAAACUGCUGCAAACAUCGCAACCAAAAGAAGCAAAAGGAACAAGAAACAAGAAACAACAGAAAAUACCAGAAUCGUUUCCGCCGGUCGAAGAAUUUUUGGAACAGGAAGUAAUCUGUGCUAGUUGCAAUCAAAAGAUUCCAACGGUUGCAUGGAACACUCACUACGCAACGCACAGCGGACUAACGUAUCGCCAAGGCAUUGAUCCAGUGAUAGACUUUAACGACGAAACUAUUGCGGUGCAGAUAGUAACUCGUUUUAUGAAAUCUCAUCGGCAAUUGACAGUCCAGUGCGACAAAUGUGGUGUUUCAAAGAAAUCAGCGGUGGGAAUGGUAUCGCACCGGAUGAUUUGCGGGUUAACGGCGGAGCAAAUUGAGCAAAGUAAGGUAACUUGUGAACACUGCAAACGUAGAAUGAUGGCGGUCAGUAUGUCGACACACUUGCUUGGUCAUUGCCCGGUACUGAAGAAGAUCAAACAAGAACAGGCACUAGCGGAGGCUAGAGAACGAGCAGCCGAAGAGCAAGCAAACAACGAUGGAGCGGUGCUAAACCAACGAGGACGUGCCAAGCGAAAAGCGACGACCAGAGCCGAAAAGAAAAUUCAGAUACUUUCCUAUGGCGAUCUAAUUCUUCCAGUAACGAGAAAAUGUGUAACCGACGGAUGCAUUGCUGCGUGGAACACCCAGUUUCGUAAAGCCAACAAAGCCAAAUGCGUUUAUCAGGACUGCGAAUUCACUGGUAGUGGGGAAGAAGAUAUGCGACAACAUCAUCUGACAUGCCCUUCGCUUGGUGAACGGUUCGAGUGCAAAAACUGCAAGUAUCAAGCGAAUAAGACAGCGCCAGUAAUGAAGCAUAUUAAGCUGAAACAUGCCGAUGCGCUAACGUCUCAGUUCGACAGCAGCGGCACAGAUGCAAAAAUUAGUUCAGAAUCAUCAGAUGAUGAAGGUACCUCCGGAGUGGAUGAAAGUAUGGUACUCGACAACUCAACGGAAGCAACAACUGGCGAGGAUAGUGGUAACGAUAAGAAAAAGAAGUCGAAAAAACGCCCGAUGAAAAUGGUACUUCCCGGCAGAGAAUUAUUCAAUGAAGAAUGUGAUGUUUAUCGUGAAAUGGUGUUGGACGAGGUAAUUGAGCUUCGUUCGCUGAGAAACGAUUUAAGUUCAACGGCACGAGACUGGACCUUGAAAUUCCGCCGCCUGUACUACUCUCGCCAAAUGCUAUUUUCUGAGCUGCAGCCCGAUUUGGACGUUCGGUUGUUUUCAUUCGACUUAAUAUAUGACUACAUUCCAAAGUGGGCCAAAUCAUUGCGAUUUACAAUGCGCAAUACCAAUCUCUACAAUGCUCCAAUCCAGGUUAAUGAUUAUAUGGAAAAGUGGCAACAGUUAGAUACAUUCAGCGGUCAAACCAGAGGCACUGACUCAAUGUUUUACUGUGGCGGACCAAUUGCUGCACUCGAUUGGCUGCCUGUUCCCGAAGGACGCGACAAACACGAACAUCAAAUUCUAGCAGUGGUUUGUAAGAACGAUUUUGACGAAUAUCAUUUGGCAAAUCGUACACAGCCGACUAAAUGUCUAAUCCAAAUUUGGGAUUUAGGAUAUCUGAAUAACAACAGUCUUUCCGGGAAAGCCGAAAACUCAAUCCCGAUCCUAUUGUAUGCGAUCGCUUGUGAUUUCGGUCCUAUAUGGUCAUUAAAAUUUUGCCCAAGUGGUUGCUACAAUUCGACAGAAAACGGAGAGCCUUAUGAUCGUCUCGGCUUAUUGGCUGCUACUGGAUCAGAUGGAGAUGUAUACAUUUACUCUUUGAGUAGGAAUUACGCAAACUUAAUUACGAACAACUAUCGAAUAGUGAAACUAUCGCCAGUGUAUCGGUUGACUUUUUCCUUGGUUGACAGUUCCUGCAGCGAGUACGAAGGCCACAGUGCUGUAAGGUUGUCAUGGUCUAGGGCACAAAAGCAUUCAGUUAUUGCAGCUGGAUAUUCCAAUGGAGCAAUAGCAGUAUGGAAUCUCGAUUCCAAAUCACCAUUAUUGAAAGGCACGAAAGAGGGGACCCCCGUAUCGUUUCCGAUUCAUCGCAUAUACAUCCCGGAUUCCUGCAUAACUGCUAUAGAUUUGCAUUAUACCGAAAACAGUCGCUACCUACUAGUUUGCAAUGCUGACAGGAAAAUACAGAUUUAUGAUCUGCAUACUGGUUACCUGCCCGUGGAAGUCUGCAGUCUGAAUGCUCGUAGUAAAGUGACGGCAGCGUGCUGGAACACGCAUUUUCCGGUAAUUGUGUUAGCAUUCGAUGAUGUCUACGCGAUCGACCGAUGUGCGCUCACCUUUCACCAGCCACGUGAAAUCGGGGUGAGAUUAAUUCCACUGUAUACAAUCACGGCUGAAGCAACCGACAUGAGUGGCAACGAUUGGCUCUCGAAUCAUGUGAUCGGUACCGACGGCGGUGAUGUUCUGUGCCAUCAACCAACGGCCUUCGUGCAUCAUAUGGCGCAAAAGUACAAUCAGCAAAUGAAAUAUAUUCUGUCGUCAACGAUGUCGAUUAAGAUUACAGACGAAUCAACGGACACUUCGUAUACAAUGUUCGAAAAAAAUUUUGGGUUGCUUUUUUCGGAUAAUGAUAAGAACCCUCAAAAAAUGGAUCUCAAAUCGCUGCAGGUGAAAUCGUACCGGCGUGCGUUACUUCACGAAUAUCCUGGAAUCCGGAUCAAUAAGGUUUGCUGGAACCCGAAUGAGCAAUCACACCAAUACUACGCAGUCGGAUAUCAGGCUGGUUUUGUACGGGUCCGCGGUUUUCGACAAAAGUGAGAAGUAUGGGUUUUGUGGAAUGUAGGAUGUAGGAUGACUGAUUUUAUUAAACAUUGUCACAAUUGUGAUAAUUAUGCUUUUGGAGAGCUCGAAUGCGUUCCAUGGGACAUUAUUUUUACCAGAUACUGUAUGUAGUUUAAGCUGAGAACAGAUUAUCGCAUCAAUAAAUCAAAUUUAGUUCAAACGGAGAUGCGCAUUACGCAUUGUUUUGAACUACCUGGCACGCGCACAUAUGAUAUCGUCAACUAGACAUCUUUAAUUUAUUAUAAUCGAGCAUGAAAAUGUUACAAAUGCAUCAUUU